CUGACCAAACUAGCCGUUGGAUUCAAAAAAAGACAGACCACCUCAGAAAACUAGCUAGCUAUAUGUAUGUACUACGCACAGAAAGAAAUCUUUCUGGGGCAAGAAUCCAAGGCCAAAGAUUACAACUUUUCACUGAUCUCAGGCAGUAGAGAUCUUCGUUCGAGAGAAAAUCUAGUCUCUGGUGAUCUUGCCAGCUAGCUUAUAGAAAGAAGAUCGAGAUAGAUAUGUCAAGCAAUCAGAAUCAGAAUCAGAAUGGUGCGAGGAGCCGAUGCGCAGGGUGCAAAUUCCUGAGGAGAAGAUGCGCCCAAGAUUGCAUCUUGGCUCCUUAUUUCCCUCCAAACAAUCCUCACAGAUUCGCUUCCGUCCACAAAGUUUUCGGGGCCAGCAAUGUUACCAAGAUGUUACAGGCAGUGCCAGAGGAGAUGAGAGGGAAAGCAGCAGACUCCAUGUCCUAUGAGGCAAGCAUACGUGUCCAGGACCCGGUUUACGGAUGUGCUGGGAUGAUCUACCAGCUCCAGAAUCAGAUCAUGGAAGUCCAAUCUCAGAUCGACAUUGUCAAGGGCAAAACAGCUUUCUACUCUGCACAGCAACACCAGCAGCAGCAGCAGCAGCAGAUAGAAAUUGGUGUUGGAGAUGGUGGUGGUUUAGGGUUUGGAGACUUCCAUGGUGUUGAUGAUCAGUUGCUGUUGUGGAAUGGUCUAGCUGGUGUUCAACAUUUAGAAGACAAGUUUAAUUGAGCCUUAUCUUGUUUUUUUCUUCCUGUUUUGAUUAUAGAGUUGAAAUACAAGAGGGUCUGGAUU